AUAAAAACAUUAGGCUUCCAAAUCGAAGAAUUUUCCGGGAAGAGGUCUCCAAGAGGGGGGAAAAAAAAAAUUAACAAGAAGACAUGCAAAUAAUUAAAGUAAGAAUUUAUGUUACCAAAUUAAAAUAAAUAAGACUUUGUAGUUGGUUGUUGGGUCUUUUAUGUUUGUCUUUUAAAUAUCAUGACAAGUUAGAGGAUUGUAUUAUUUGUGUACGUUAACUAAGAUUGUGAUUUUUAGUUGUUGGAUUCAUCGUUUGGGAGAAAGUUGAGAGGAAAAAAGUUCCCUAAAAAUGGUGCAUAAAACAGUUUUGAAGGUGGAUGUUUCUUGUGAUAAGUGCAAGCAAGAGGUCUUCUCUAUUGUGUCCAAAAUAGAAGGUGUGAAUAAGAUUGAAGCUGAUACAGAAAAAGGAACCAUAGCAGUGAUAGGAGUUGCAGACCCAUUUGCUAUAAUCAAACGCAUAAGAAAAGCAGGCAAAUCAGCCUAUUUUGUAACUGUUGGACCUCCUCCGAAGCCCGAUGAAAAGAAGGAUGAAAAGAAAGAUGAGAAGAAGUGCACGUGUCUGUGUCCGUACCCGUAUUCGUAUCCAGGUGGAUGCUAUGUUUGCAAGCCCGUUGCUAUGAUGACUAUGGAUUACCAAGAUCCAACUCCACCUUGCACUAUUAUGUGACUUCAAUGAGUUCAAUCAAUUGUGUUCAUCUUUUCUGCUCCAUAUUCUUAGUUUUUUAAGCUUGCAUUGGUUUCAUUUAUCUAUAUAGCAAUUUUGUAUAUAACUUGUGUUUUAUGUUGAUGAAAGUUUGUGAUAAAGAGGUCAUAUUCUUAUUAUUUUAAGUGGUUUAGUGUAACGUACUGUUAUACUAGUAUGAUGCAAUUAUCGUUGACAUAUAGCUUUAAUGUGGGACCGGACUAAUUUGCAGGGGGUGAAUUUCUGGUAUUACAUACAUAAGCUAACAUAUGAGAAGUUUGAUAUCCACUUAAUAUACUCCAUCUAAAGUGUCUUAAUUUUUUGUACUUCUUUAAAAUGAUCAUUAAACUUUUAGUCAUCAUAGUAAAAUAUAUAUAUCCCAGAUACAUAAGUUCAUUCCUCUUAACUUGCUAAGUUUGAUUUAGAUUUAAUAACUUCAAUUUGUGGUUAGGUUGCUUAUUGGCUUUUUCGUUCUUGGAAAUUUCCUUUGUUUCGAGGGUUGGUUUAGGUUUAGGUGUUACCUUGACUAUUGUCAAAAAAGAGUUUUGUUAGAUUAUGUAAAUAAUCUAGUGUAUAUUAUUAGUUUGUAUUUUUACUAAUGUAUUCUUAGCCCUACCCCUAAUAUACUGUUGUAUUAGGACUAAGGAUAUUUAAUCAAUGAAAAAGGCACGGAAAAUAUUCACAUAUUCUCUC